AUGACGGAGGAGUUCCGUUCGGAAUGGCGGCCGUGGCAUGCGUGGAAAGUGGUACAUGUAGGGUUCAAGGGAGGAGAGGAGGUGGGGUUUGCAGCUGCGGCUAGAGAGGGUUCAACGCUUCCGUCAUCGCCGCCGUUCCGUAAAGGCGGAAUCACGUCGACUCGAUCACGAGAAUCUAAGAAUGCUCGGAGUAAUGCUGGAAGGGAUCAAGAACAAACUGGACGGCUCAUACAAAUUCAUCACCCGACGAUGCCUGUCACCAACUUCGCAGUCAAAGAGAAGUAUCGCUACCAGAACGGCUUCGGCGACCAUCAUGAGACCGAGGCCGUCGAAGGAGCUCUUCCCGUAGGAGCGAACAACCCUCAGAAAUGCCCUUACGGACUCUACAACGAAAAGCUCUCCGGCACCGCAUUCACAGCUCCUCGACAUGAGAACCAACAAACAUGGCUCUACAGAAUCUUACCGGCUUCAGCACACGCUCCGUUCGAACGCCGGGAGAGCGAAACCUACGACACAAACCCUGGCAUCCACGGCAAGGAGCGGUGGCAUCAAAUUCCGAAUCAGCUGCGAUGGGAUCCUUUCGACCUCGACGAGACGGUAGACUGGGUGCAUUCCUUACGUCUGGUCGCCGGAGCUGGCGAUCCGACCAUGAAGAGCGGUCUCGGCAUGUUUAUCUUUGCGGCAGGCAAAGACAUGGACCCACGCUCUGCCUUCUACAGUGCGGAUGGUGACCUCUUGAUUGUGCUUCAACACGGUGCUCUCGACAUCCAGACUGAGCUCGGACGACUGCUCGUGAGGCCCAAUGAGAUCUGCGUCAUACCUCGAGGAAUCCGGCAUCGCGUGACUCUUCCAGAAGGUCCUGUCCGUGGCUACAUGCUGGAGCUGUACCAGGGCCACUUUCAGCUUCCAGAAUUGGGACCCAUUGGCAGCCACUGUCUUGCAAAUCCUCGGGACUUUCAGGCGCCAGUUGCGGACUUCGACGAGGAUACUGAGAACGAGUAUACUCUGUUCGCAAAAUUCUCCGGCCAUCUCUUCGCCGCCAAACAGCACCAGACCCCCUUCGACGUAGUCGCCUGGCAUGGCAACUACUACCCAUACAAGUAUGACCUGGGACGAUUCGCAACGAUUGGGUCGAUCUCCCACGACCAUCCGGAUCCCUCCAUUUUCACGGUCCUCACAGCGCAGUCUGACCACCGUGGUACCGCGGUAGCCGACUUUGUCAUAUUUCCACCGCGAUGGCUAGUGGCAGAGGACACAUUCCGCCCGCCAUGGUACCAUCGAAACACCAUGAGUGAGUUCAUGGGCCUCAUCGGCGGCCAGUACGAUGCGAAGACAGGAGGCGGUUUUCAACCAGCUGGCGCCAGUCUGCACAACGUGAUGAGUGCGCAUGGCCCCGACGCGACCUCGCACGAGAAGGCGUCGAACGCGGGGCUGAAGCCUGCCAAAGUCGGCGAGGGCAGUAUGGCGUUCAUGUUCGAGUCGUCGCUGAUGGUUGGCGUGACUGAAUGGGGUCUGAAGAAGUGUGCGAAGGUGCAGUCAGACUAUAAUGCUGAGUCUUGGGAGCCUCUGAAGGCACACUUCCAGCGACCAACACCGGCCAAGAUUGUCAAUGGUACGGCGAACGGGGUGAAGGGGGAAAUUGGCGACAAGAAUCAGGUGCCUCAUUGGACGUCGUGA